AUGUGGCUCUUACGUUUUUGCUGUGAUUCUUGCCAGUGCGCGCCAGUCCCGUGCCCAGUGUUGCGAGUAAAAUUCUUUUUGCCGCCGACGAUUUUGGCCGUGGUGGACGACGACGGGCGGGUCAAAACGUCGGAGCUGUCCAGCAAGCUGCAGCAAGCCGGCGGCCCCGCGAAGCUUGGCGUGCUCCUCAGCGUGCUGCAAUCGAGUGCAAACGCGGCGUUGGACUGGGAGGAGGCGCUGAGUCUGGCCCAGCUGGACUCGGCCGUGCCCAAGUUGGGGAGGCUUCCGAGCAGCGAGGAGAAGCGCGAGUCGAUGGAGGCUGACCGGGGGUGGGCUCCUGGACCUGGGCUGUGCGGACCGGGGGUGUCCCUCGGCGAGGCCUCGCUGCUGCUGCUCUUCGAGGGCGCCGAGUGGGAGACGCGCGUCGACGUCGGCCUCACAGUGGAGUACGUCAAGUUGCUGGCGCGAGAGCACUUUGCCGACUCGCUGCGCGGAGUCUACGCGGACGCCCAGCUGGAGCUGCGGCUCGACGGCAAACCGCUGAUGGACCCGAUGUCGCUGAUCGAUUACGAGAUAGGCGCCGGAACGAGCUCGAGGAUCGACUGCUCGGUUCGCGAGGUCUGA